GUUCAUUUGCAAAUCUCGCUGGCGAUUCCCGUUCUCUCAUUUGUGAAUUACAUCCAUGUCGUGCUAGCCAAGCGCUAGCAGCCAAUGACGGGGGCUUUGAAAAUAGACAGCAUCGGCUUCCGAACAGUGUUCCCUUGUUUGUUAUUUUCCUGCAGCAGCGUGAAUGUGAGAAAUGUGAAAUGCCACGUAGUGCACGGGAGUUGCACGGGAGUUCCUCGGGAGUUCCAUGACGAAAAGCCCUGGUCUGUGCCUGAUAUGUGCUUAUAGCUGAUUAGAGUCGGCAGUGAUGGGUGCUGCCGUCAGUGGCCUGAAGGCGGUGGCUGAGAGCACCGAGCUGGCAAAGCUGGUUGGUACCGAGCCUCUUCCAGCGGAUGACCCUUUCUGGCAGGGACUGCAUCAGUUUCAGCUGAGCAGGCGGCUGACCAGGGAGGAUGACAAAAGGCUGGAGGAAGCCGUGUCUGGCCUGUUCAACACGUUCGUCGCCAAUAACCCGGAAACGGGCAACCUGGGAGCGCUCGUCCGCGUCUUCCUUGGGAAGGCCUCCGAGCUGAAAGCGGCGGCCCAGCUCGAUAGCCGUCUGGCCGACCAGACGCUGAACGCCCUGCUGGUGCUGCGCUGCGCGUGCAAGCUGAGCGUGCAGCUGCUCUCGGAGGAGGAGCUGGUGCGCCAGCUGGAGGCGCCGGCGCCGGCCGGCCAGCUGGAGACGCUGCUCACCGGACUGGUCGAGGUGCUGGUCGACGUGCCGCUGACCGACGCCACGUACUACAUCCAUCUGGAGUCGCUGAACACGCUGCUCGUCCUGCUGGCCUGCCAGCUGUACUCGGUGAAACAGGCCCAGUCGCUGGUCGUCUACAGGACGCUGAUGUCGGGCCGCUGCGCGAUGCACGCGCCGAUUCUGGUGCGCACGCUGCUGCGGCACACAGUGGCCCGCCAGCCGGUGCCGGACGCUCGCUACACCGGCGGCGGCAGCCUCGUCUUCGGGCUGGCCAGCGGCCUGUGGAGCGCCCUGACGCUCGGCUACGGCUCGCAGCCGGCCGUCGAGGAGCGGGCGCCGGGCGGUCUGCCGCCGCUGGCGCAGCAGAGUCUGCACACCCUGCUGGUGCUGGGCAACCACUGCACCGGCGACCGGCAGCUCUUCAACCCGUUUCGGCAGGCGCUCUUCCACAUGACCGACCUGCAGGACCCGGCCGAGACGCACCUGGCCGACGCCGGCGACGGGUUCGGGUUCGCGAUGAGCAGCCUGUACUCGUUGCUGUGCUCGCCGCCGUGUACCGACCAGACCACGCUGCUGCUCUACCUGCUCAUCCACAAGAACACGGCGUUCCGGCACUUUGUGCUGGCGCGCACAGACCUCGACGCCCUGGUACUGCCGACGCUGCGCGUGCUGUACCACGCGCCGGAGAGCAGCAGCCACCACAUCUACAUGUCGCUGAUCGUGCUGCUCAUCCUCAGCGAGGACGAGCUCUUCAACCGCUCCGUCCACUCCACGAUGCUGCACCAGGUCAGCUGGUACACGGAGCGACCCCUGACAGAGAUCUCCCUGGGUGGCCUGCUCAUCCUGGUAGUGAUACGCACCAUCCAGUACAACAUGACCAAGAUGAGGGACAAGUACCUGCACACCAACUGUCUGGCGGCGCUGGCCAACAUGUCGGCAGAGUUCCGCCAGCUGCACCCGUACGUGUGCCAGCGGCUGGUCUCGCUGUUCGAGGUGCUGGCCAAGCGGCACGGCCGGCAGCUGGAGCAGCUGCGCGCCGCGGCGGCAACCGACGCCACCCAGCCGGACGAGGGCGCCGUACAGGACCUGGCCGUGCUGGAGGAGGUGCUACGCAUGCUGCUGGAGAUAAUCAACUCGUGCCUGACGGCCCAGCUGGUGCACAACCCCAACCUGGUGUACACGCUGCUCUACAAGCGCGGCGUGUUCGAGCUGUACCGCACCCACCCGAACUUCCAGGACAUCACGCACAACAUCGACACGGUGCUGCUCUUCUUCAGCUCCAAGCUGGAGAGCCUGCACAAGGACAUCGGGGUGCGUGACGUACACGCGGUGAUCCAGGACGGCGCCAAAAAGUUCCCCCUGGAGCGGCUCAAGAAAUUCCCGGAGCUGAAAUUCAAGUAUGUGGAGGAGAACGAGCCGGAGGACUUUUUCAUUCCGUACGUGUGGUCGCUGGUGGUGAGCGGCGGCGACCUGCACUGGAGCACGGCGGCCGCCGGCUGUCUGCUGGCCGCGGACGCCGCGCCCUCCUGAGCCGGCCGACCGCAGCUGCUACUUACUUGUUGACGUUUAUAUGCCCCGAAUAGACUAUAAAUGGUGGGACGCGGCGCAUCGGUGCUGUUAAUGCCUUGUCGGGUAUCGCUGGUGAUCAAUAUCACAACUUUGUUUUUAAAUUGUCUGUCAUAUGCAAAAUAUUAUAUGCCUGUGAAAAACAUGAA